GGCUGGGGCGACGGCGGGGCCAUGCUGUACGCAGAGGUGUGUCGCCGUCGGCCGGCCCGGCAGGAUGACGGAUACGGCGAGGACAUGGACAGCGCUUCGGACGAGCAGAGCUCCUCCUGCAGCUCGCGCCAGACCGACUCGCGCGCUAUCCUGCAGGAGCUGCGCUCCGAGUUCGACGGCAUCCGGUUCGCCUCGUACCGUUGCGCGGCCAAGCUGCGCUUCAUCCAGAAGCGGACCAACCUCCACCUGAUCGACAUAUGGAACGUGAUCGAGGCGUUCCGGGAGAACGGUCUGAACACGCUGGAGCCGCAGACGGCGGUGAACUCGUCCCGGCUGGACACGCUGCUGACGUCACUGUACCUGGCGCUGAACAAGCGACUGCCGCUGCAGCAUCAAAUCAACUUGGACGCGGCCGUCAACACCGUGCUCAGCUUCCUGCUCACCACAUACGACCUGGAUGACGUGGGCUCGGUGCGGGUGUUCUCCAUCAAGAUAGCCAUGGCGACACUCUGCUCGGGCAAGAUCACGGACAAAUUACGCUACGUGUUCUCGCAGAUCUCGGACGGCAACGGGCAGCUGGCGUCGCGCCGCUUCUCAGAGUACCUGCGCGAGGUGCAGGCGCUGCCGGCCGCCGUCUUCGAGAGCCCCACCUUCUCCUUCAGUGACGACGCGGCCCGGCUCAUCUUCCCUUCGACCACCGUCAACGUUAACGACUUCCUUGAGACGAUGCUGUCGGAGGCGGGCCCCGAGUGCCUGGCCUGGCUGCCCUUGCUGCACAGGAUGGCCACCGUGGAGACAGGGCGCCGGCGGCCUCGGCCGACGCCGAGCUGGUGACAGAGCUGCGCGCGCUGCGCCAGCGCCGCGGCGAGCUGGAAACCCACCUCAGCACGCUGCAGGACUCGCGCCGCCAGCUCAUGGGCCAACUGGAUUCGCUCAUGAAGAUGCUGAAGAGCCAGCAGCUUUCGCCGGUCAGCGGCUCUAUGUCGCUGCCGCGCACCUCCAAGUCGGCGCCCAACACGCCGGGCAGCACGCUGCGCCGCGCACACCGUCAGAACGCGGCCGCCCAGCUGGAUGCCGACAUGAGCGCGCUGCUGGACCCUUUCUCUCCGGGAGAAGACCCCGGCUGGCUGGGCCGGUAACUGUCAAUCGCUGUCGGAGCUAGACUCCUGCGCUAACGUAGAUGGCAGCACCGUGUGCCCGCUCCCGGCCGCAGUUGGUGGCGCCGCCGGUGGCCACGCGUGUGAGCGGCGCUCGGGGCGAAGCGCCGGUCGCGCGGGUCCUCCGCACUUGUCCUCGGGCGACUACCGUGCUGCUGCGAGAGUGCCCCGGCCGGCUCAUCUGCGGGCUCCGCAGCCGAGACGGGGCGCCGCCGGUGGCCACGCGUGCGAGCGUCGCUCGGGGCGAGGCGCCGGUCGCGCGGGUCUUCCGCACUUGUCCUCGGGCGACUACCGUGCUGCUGCGAGAGUGCCCCGGCCCACUGAUCCGUGGGCUCCGCAGCCGAGACGGGGCGGCGCCGCGCGCCUGCGCGGAGGGGUGCGACUGGGCAUGUCCAGGGCGUUGUUCCGGCCGUCGAAGCCUCGCCGCCGCGCGUCUGUCACGGACCGCCGUCUCAUGUGGGCGGUACCAACCGUGCGGAGGAUGGUUCGUCCACCGGCCGUCUCCAGCAGGACGUUACGGCCCCUCGCCGAGCCGGCUCACGCGCAGCUGGAGCCCAGUACAAGUGACGUGACCUCUGUUGACCUCCGACACUGGCCGCUGCCUGGUUCGGCCAGGUCAUUGGUGCGGCAGGCGCUGGCGGGCCGGUCAGCGUGGGCUCGUGGUGGUGUGCGAGUACGUGCGGGCCCAGUCGGAAGUUAGAGAUAGGGAGUAACACCAGGCAUUAUGGUCUGAAUUGGAUCUGUUGUCGAACUUUGUGGUAUAUGUUCGUAACUGGACGGUGAAAUGUUGCGCGAUAAGAACCCCUGUGCUGUUACUUUUACUAAGCCAACACAUGUGAUGUAACUGUCUCAUAUUUUACAGCAUGGUAUAUAUUCUCACAGCCAGAUGGCUGCUAUUGUUUUAUUGUUUGCAGAUUAUUCUCAAGACAUGCUCUUUAUUCGUGCGUAUGAUUCAGAUGUGGCACGGCAUGUUAAACAAUUAUGUGAAGACCUUCCGGGUAUUGUAUUUGCAUACCGUUGGUGAGUUUGGAGAUUGUGAGGUCUGUGAUGGCACUCGGUAGCUGUCUGCGAGUGAUUUGGGCUGAAAUGUAAUGACUUAACGGCGUGAGGGCGGUUAGAGCCAAUCUGUUCAUGGUACCGAACUAGGUUCGGAACAUGGAUGAUGGCUGGAGCGAUUUCCCCAACCGCCUCUGGUCAAGAUGCCAUUUGUAUCAUUGCUCCGAUUUGUAUUUGUGAUGAGAUGUCAUUUCAGGGCGCUCUCCGCGCAUUCUUCCACACAGAACUUGCAUUCCGUGCGGGUUUUUCCAAUGGCAGCUGUCAUCGCGCGUGCAGUCAACGUAAUAUUCUUGCGCUGGGCCGUACAGGUGGUAUUGUCUGUCGACUCGAGGAGUGGCGUUCGAUUCGUGUCAUCGUGUGUCUCGCGGUGCUGGUGCCGAUGCAUACUCUGUUCUGAUCGAAUGGGACUCCUCGCGAGCCUGGGCCCCUCGGAACGGCCGGAUGAACGAUGCAAGUAAGUGGACACUUUCGGGUGACAGUCUCAGGUUUCCCGCAAGGCACAUGCAUUCCAGCUACUCGUUUCAUUUUCCUGGAGCGUAGCUCCGGCUGCUGUCGAAAAAGAAACUGCGAAGAUUCGUAUAUGAUACGCUUUUUAUUUCUGUACCUGGCAUUUGGCUGCUGUGACUUGUUUGGUCGUGCAUUCGUCUCGCAUUUUUACCGAACGCACCAGCUAAUUGUCAUGGCGUGUUACCGGUGGAUCCAUGUGCUGUGCGAAGAAAUGGACCGGAUGCUAGUCCUGUGUUACCGGAUGGACUGAUCGGUUGUCCUGCUGGCUGUACAUGGCAGGCCAGCCGCUGUUUGUGCGGCAUUAUCAGGUCCACCUGGUAAGGGAGCGAAGGCGGCUAUCCGCUAUUCUCCGGUCUCAGCGGGUGCUGUGUUGCCAGUCGUCUGGCUACAUUCCAAACAGCUACUCUCGGUGUGAUCAAAGGUGAUUGAUGGUUUGCUUCGUGUCAAGUGGUGUCGCAGGACCCGGAUCUGUUUACUUCGCCCGGUAAUGUUUGUAAGUCGCGAUCCGUUCGUGGCAGAUGCAGUCGGAAAGUUCAGGCCCGCACGUGGCAACUGUAGCUGGAAAGUUCAGGCCCGCGUCGAUGAGCGCGCCGUCCUACCAACGCUGGUUUCCGUGUCCAGGUGCAAGUGCGCCAGGGCAUCCCCAGCUCUGCAGCUCCGUUGUCGUGUGGUGGACACUGUGUUCUGUGGUGUCCUGUCGGCUGGGCUGGCGAGGUCGGCCGGCGGGCGCAGGCCGCAGUCCGGCCAGCGUCACCCCCGGCGCGUCGCCUCGCGCAGCGGCUCCGCUCUGUGUGGAUCUUGAAUACAAACG